CACUGCGCAUGCUCCAACAGCGGCGCCCCCGACUCCGCACUCGGCUGGGUUCGGGCAUUUCCGCCUCUUUGUUUUAAACUCCGCACGGCUUUUUUCUCCUCCUCUUAGGGGGGACCCAGAGGGAGCGGCGCCCCCUCCCCCUCCCGGCGAGCCCCCGCGUGCGCCCGCUCGCCCGCCGCCGGAGACGCAGACUUCACAAUGUAGCCCUGGUUCCAGGCUGUCAUUCACAGAAAAUGGAAAAGGAACAAGGCACAGAAGGAAGGUGCAGAAGCCAGCCAGAACACAGAAUAAGGAGGGAUCAUCACAUCCACUUGGUGGCCUGAAGCCUCCAUGCCACCGGGUAAGGAAGGACUCACAGACAUCCAGAGGAGAAGCCAAAGAUGUUGACCAGGAAGAUUAAACUCUGGGACAUAAACGCCCACAUCACUUGCCGCCUGUGCAGCGGCUACCUCAUUGAUGCAACUACAGUGACUGAGUGUUUGCACACAUUCUGCAGGAGCUGCCUUGUGAAAUAUCUGGAGGAGAAUAAUACCUGCCCCACUUGCAGGAUCGUGAUCCAUCAGAGCCACCCACUACAGUAUAUUGGUCAUGACAGAACCAUGCAGGACAUUGUUUACAAGCUGGUACCAGGCCUCCAGGAAGCGGAAAUGAGGAAACAGAGGGAGUUCUAUCACAAACUGGGCAUGGAGGUACCAGGCGACAUCAAGGGGGAGGCAUGUUCAGCCAAACAGCACUUAGAUCCCCGCAAUGGUGAAACCAAAGCAGAGGACAGUUCCAAUAAAGAGACAGCAGAAGAGAAGCAAGAGGAGGACAACGACUACCACAGGAGUGAUGAGCAGGUAAGCAUCUGUCUGGAAUGCAAUAGCAGCAAACUACGGGGCCUGAAGCGGAAGUGGAUCAGAUGCUCAGCCCAAGCCACAGUGCUGCACCUGAAGAAAUUCAUCGCCAAGAAGCUCAAUCUCUCCUCCUUCAAUGAGCUGGACAUUUUAUGCAACGAGGAGAUCCUGGGCAAGGACCACACUCUCAAGUUUGUGGUUGUUACAAGGUGGAGAUUCAAGAAGGCGCCCCUCCUGCUACACUACAGACCCAAGAUGGACUUGCUGUAAGCCCAGCCAGACUCAGCCCACACCCAGUGUUCUACAUGGCAAAAUGUGCUGUGAAAUGUUGCCUCUGGGUGCCAUGUGGACCAGAUUUCUGAAUAGAGAAUAUUUAUAACUUUUGUAUAAGAAAAUCCACUCCCAACAAGACACUACCAGCACGCGUUUACAAAGGAUGAAAACACUUUGCAGUUCGCUCGUCUCUGCUUCAUGUCCCCAGGCCAGAGAAUAAGUGAAACAGUGACAUGUUUCCACACCACAUCUGAAUACAGAAUACAGCACCUCUGCUUGCUUUACAGGUCUUGAGAAUCUGAGUUCAUUUUAGUUUAAUUCAUGGAUUAGGUUUCAUGAUAAGCCUCAGAAAUACUUGUACUUUCAUUAAGCCCUUCCUAAGUUAUUGAAAGUCUUUUUGUGGUAUAUAUUUAUGUUGCCUUUAGCUUCCUGAAGACUUAGAGAUAUAUAAAAAUUUAAUUUAAAGUAUACCCAAAGAGGCUUGCAGUAAUACUAUUAUUUAACCAUGGUGUUUAAUUUCCCACUUCUAGAGUACCCAUUCCCAAGUUUGAUUGAGUCUUGUGCUGUGCAUCCUGGAAUAGUGGCCUGUGCUGGGUGGGCAAGGCAAGACACUUCAUCACUCCCCAGUGUCGUGUAGCUGCAGUUCCAGCACCUUCGGUAAGGCAAACCGAAGUGAUAUGGUCAGUGCAGUGCUGGCUUGUUGAAAAGUCCUUGAAAACUUUUCCUCGGAAAGACCAUCACUGAAGUUCCUGCCUUUCCCUUUUUGUUUUCCUUCUGCUGGCAAGAUGUGGUGGCUGUGUUUGUCACUUACUAAACAGCACAAGCCAUCCUGUAGGGAGACCUUGUAAAGACACUUGGGAGGUAGCCUCUAGCCUCCAUGUUCCUGGUGGUUGGUAUUUCCAGACUUGCCUUCCUGUUCAUGGGAUUAACAUGCAUUCUUUGGGUCUCUUUUUCAGGAAAGGUAACUGAGCAACCUGGUCAACAGAAGUUGCUUUUCCAGUCACAGACAGGAUACUAUUUGUUAACCUCCCACUUCAUAUGUAAUUUGUUAUGUUUUAUUUUGUUGGGUUAGAGAAUAAGAUGCCAGCAUGUCCAACUUUAUUCUGUCUUAAGGGGCAUGAAGGCAAAAGUAAGGAGAAGGGUCUUGGGGUUCCCAGAGUCUGGGUGCCCUCUUACUUUUACCACUUCUUGCCCUCCUAGGCCCCAUGGGACUUGCAGAACCCUGUAAUCCCAGCAGUACCUCUGCUUUUGGUGGGCAGAUAAGAAUCUUAGUGUGUGUCCCUUAGGGCCAGGCUUCCUCAGUCUUCGACUUAGCAACUUGGAGUCUUUCUUGCAUUUGCUUUGACAGUCAGGGUUGGGUUCAUCUACACCCACUUUUUCUUCUACUUCCUCUUUCUCUUACAUAGUGUCAGAAGCAGCGACUAGGGAGACCUAAUGUUACUUAGGAUAAAACAUCCAAAUUAACUCAAUCUUUAAUGUGUAACCU